AUGUCAAAGCAACUCGAAGCAAAUAUAGUCAACCUUCCUACAGAACUCAGUCAAGAGAUAUUCUCUUUAACGCUGGCCGCAAUUGACAUUCGUCAUGGUGUUAGAUUGAGAUAUGUCAACAAAUUCUUCCGAGAUGCCGUUGACAAUGCUAUGUGUAAAGAGAAAUUCUUUGUUCGACUCACACGGCGUAGACGGGUAAGGCCACCUCGUGCUCUGAAGUCGGAAUAUCUGUUGCCAAGAUUGAAUCGCGAGAAUCGAACAACGGUUCCUUCCAGACUCAUUCAUGACACUCUUGAUCUGAUUGUCGAUAUUCAAGAGAAUCAUGUUUCUUCUGAUACACAGGCCCAAUUUGAUCAACACAUUUACUUGGAAGCCUUGUCCAAGUGGUUUGUGGAUCAGCUUCAAGUGGAGGUUUUACUAUAUUUUAUAAAACCAUCUCGAAAGCCAAGGCUUCACUCUGUUAUCCUCGCAGAUUGGGCUCAAGACAAAAUACUGGGCGAAUGGACGGAUGAUCAAAAGAACCUGGCUGCUUUAGUCGCAGCUGCAUCUACUGGAGAUCUACAGAUGAUGAAAUAUCUGAUUGAAAGUACCACCUUUUCAAACCCAAGUCAAUGUUUCGGUUGUCCCUUGACAACUGCUAUCAGAAAGAGCCAGACUGCUUCGGUAAAGUUAUUGGUUGAUUCGGUCGAUCUACAUUGUGUUUUCAACUUCGAAUCUGCGAUCCUUCACGCUUGUCACAUCGGCGAUCAACCAACCACAGAACUACUCUUGAACCUCACCAACUCAUCAACAACAUACAUCUCAGCUCUCCACACAGCAGCCUUCAAAGGCUGCAUCACCGGUCGUCGCCCAGAACUCUUCACCCACCUUCUCACCACCAUCUUUCACACCACAACGCCCUUCACCAAAUCCCUCUUCCACGCCGCCGCCCGCUCCAACUUCCACCCCUUCAUCCCCCUCUCCCUCGCCUCAGGAUUCGACAUAAACAUCAACUUCCGCUCCGGCUACACCCGCCACCCAGAUGUCAUCCGCUGUGCCUCCCGCCACGGCUCUACCGACUUCCUCUCCCUCCUCCUUACCUCCGGCAUUCGCCGUGGUUUCCGUGACGACUGCGACUUCCUCUCCCGCGCCCUCUGCGUAGCCGCUGAAUUCGGUCAAGACAAAAUCAUCCCCAUUCUCCUCGACGCUGGGGCUGAUAUAAACUACCACACCGAAACGCACUACGUCGGCCACCCCUCUUUAUCCGUAACCCAAUACACGCCCCUCGAAGCCGCGUGUCUCAAAGUCGAGCUCUCCACCGCACGUCUCCUUCUCGCUCGUGGGGCAGACGUUAAUGCCCAUAAAAGGGGAAACCAGAUUUUGAGCGACGUGUGUAAUAAAGGGGAGCUGGAGAUUGUGAGGGCGUUGCUUGAGGCGGGGGUGAGUCCCGAUCCGCCGUUCCCGCUUCCGAAGAGGAGGUGGCCCAGGGCGUAUAUGCCGUUGUUACGUGCGCUUGCUGGGCGACAUAACAUGGUUGCGAACUUGUUGUUAGAGUUUGGGGCGUUGGAUUUGAGACCGAGGGUUUUUGGGGAGGGGAGUAAGGAGGUGAGGGCUUUGGAGUGA